AUGGCUGAAUUCGAAGAAUAUAUUGCAAACAAUCAAUCCCAAUUAGAUUCCGAAGAAGAAUUUGAUCUCGAAGAGCACGAUGAAGACGACAAUAUAAGCGAUGAACUAAACUGGACAACGAGCGAAUUUCAACCAAUAUUGCAUGAUUUUACAGGGAGACCAAGAGUUUGUAUGCAUUCAACGAAUAGCAUGACACCUCUUCAAUGUUUUGAGCACUUCUACGAUGAACAGCUGAUGAAUUUAAUUGUAAACGAGACAAAUACUUACCAGAAACAAAAUCCAAUUGGAAACCGCGAAAAUAUGCAACCAUGA